AAACAGUCUGUGAAGGAUUUGAUCUGAAGGAUGGCCAUAUCAGCCACACUGAGGUCUCUGUCCCUGACUCUGAGGAGAAGGUUCCACGUCCUGGGGAUCGUGCUGCUUCUCUUCAUGGCUUUCUACUUCCUGCACGACUUCAGGUCAAGGAAACACUGGGACAACUCUCUGAGUACGAUGUAUUCGUUCUACCCUCGGCCCAUCAAGCACCUGGUGGAUUCACUGAAGAGAGCAGGAGGCAGUGAUGACGAGCAGGACUCGUCCUCCACGUCCUCCACGUCCUCCAUGUCCUCCACGUCCUCGGCGCCUGUGGUGAGCAGAGACCCGUUCUGGGAUCAACUCCAGGAUUCCUCUGAUAGCUGCAGUCCCAAGUUGCACAUCGUCUUCCUGAAGAGUCAGCGGAGCGACAGCGGCCAAAUCCAGAACAUCCUGUUCCGCUACGGCGAGAAGAGGAACCUGACCUUCGCCCUGCCGCAGAACCGGGCGCUCAAGUUCUCUUACCCGGAACUUUUCCAGUCCACGUUUGUGGAAGGAGUCCAGGGGGACGGCGUCAAGCGGUUCCACAUCCUGUGUAACGAGAUGAGGUUCCGCAAGUCCGAGGUGGCAAAAGUGAUGCCUGCAGACACCUUCUACUUCUCCAUGCUGAGACACCCCAUCGCCACAACGCAGUCCAUGUUUCUGUACUUCAAGUAUGUGUCCAGCUCCAGUGACAUCCACACACUGGACGAGGUGCUGGAGGACUAUUUUGGACGCCACACGCCGGCGGGCGCGAAGACCAACCACCUCUUAACCACCGUGGCGUUUGACUUCGGCCUCAAUGUCAGCGUUGCGGCGGACCCCCAAGACCUGGAGCUCCGAGCCGCCAAGGCCAUCGAGCACAUGGAGGAAGACUUCGACCUUCUCCUCAUCCAUGAAUACUUUGACGAGUCCCUCGUGCUGCUCAGGCACAAGCUCUGCUGGUCUCUGGAGGACGUGGCGACCUUCAGGCGCAGCGAGCGGAAGGACCAGCCCGGCUAUCCUGUUCUGCCAGACACCGCGGAGCACAUCCAGAGGUGGAACGCUCUGGACUGGAAGAUCUACCAGCACUUCAACGCCACCUUCUGGAGCCAGGUGGAGAGGGAGGUGGGGGCGGAGCAGAUGAAGAGGGAGGUGUCCGAGCUGAGACAGCUGCAGGCGGAGCUGACGAAAACCUGCCUGAGAGGCAGAUUCAAAAAUAUACCAAAAGAAUUAAGCAGUAUCAAAUUGGAGUGGAACGGAGGAGACAUCAAGCUGGGCUUCAACAUCAACCAGCAGCUGGACAACCACACCUACGGGCAGUGCCAGAAACACCUGACUCCCGAGAUGCAGUACACCUCCACCCUGUACGACCGGCACUUCCCACAGCAGGCUGGGCAGAAGUGAAGAACCCGGCGCCAAGUCAAUCCUGAAGGAACAUGCAAACUCCACUCACUGAAACUCCACCCCCAGAGCCCAGGCCUGGACCUGAAACUCCACCCCCAGACCUCAGGCCCGGACUGAAACACGUCCCACUAGAAGACUUAGACAGUGGUUCUCGUGCAGUGUUCUUUGUAGAACUCAUGAGGUUCUUGGUGGAGCCGGAGCUCACCAGUUCUGCCGGCUGUGGCUCCAAACACGAGGUCUACACCUAAAAGCCUGCCGAAGUCUGAAAUUCAUCCGAGCUCUUGAUAAAUGAAUUUCCUUUGUAGAAAAAUGAAUGUUUUAGUCAAGAUUUUAACUUUGUCCAGAUUUGUUUAAAAACAAUUAAAAUUAAUGUAAACUUUUUAAUAAUGGAAAAAAACAUGGGGUUUGUUUUCUUAAAUUUGUA